AUGCCCAAGGCCUCUCCGGCCUACCUGUUGGGAGGAGCCUCGUUGCUGUCCACGUUCAUUGUCACCAUUCUUGACGGCGUGUGCUACGCCACUUCCAGGGCCUCCGUGCCGAAUACCUCGACAGUCGAGGCCGUCAUUGUCAGCCUCAGCACCCUCAGCUGUGUCGUCCUACUUGUCAUGGUUUUGCUCUGGAUGAACGAUCUUAAGGUCGACUCCAGGGUCCAGCAAAAGCCGUGGAGGAGAUGCACAUAUGGCACCGCCAUUGGCUAUCUCUCUCUUGCCACCGGAAUCACAGCGGCGGGGAUAGCAUGGAGCGCGGUGCAAUCCCUGUCUGGGGCCUCCGGAUCGGAAUCCGAGUCUAGGAAGUCGUCAGCCACCUCAAAUCGACAGUCGGUCCUCAUCGCCCGCUGUGUUCUAUGGGCGAUUUCGGUGCUCAGUCAAGGCACACUAAGCGGAUACUUGUUGACUCGGACCCGGAAAGACAACCCCAGCCAAUGGCCAACCCUAAUAUCCCACGAGCUGGACGCCAUCAUCCUCCCGAAUCCAUCGGGGACGAUCCAUCAAGUCGAAGCUGCAAAGACGCCGUCCCAGACCACCGAAUCGCAGCGGCCAUCCAUCGACCCAAAGGAUGAUCGUCUUCCCCCAAUCCAACCGUCUGCUUCCAGGACGGCAUCGCAAGGCUCCAACCGUUUCUCGGACAGAACCCUCUUCCACCAAGACUCGAAACCCAACUCGAUUGAUCUAAACCUCACCAAAACCACCACUCUGGUGUCCUAUCCCGACAGCGUCACGACUCGCUCGAAGCCAGACCCCUAUCCAGACGACCCGGAUCUCGAAUCCGCAGCCGACCCCCUGAGCAGAACCCAGCAACUCCACCGAAGCAACUCGGACUUGAAGCGCUCCCUGGACAGCGUGCUGCUCCGGCCCCUUUCCUCUGCUCUAUCAUCUCCCAUACCCUCCUCCUCCUCCUCCUCCUCCCCUACACAAAUCGACGCGAUUGCCAAACGCCCUCUCCCCAAGCUCAAUCUCCCCGACGAAAGCAACAUCCACCCGCUCUUCCGCUCCGACAGCCGCUCGCCACCUCCCACGCCAACGCCGGGGACGAUUGUCGUCGCAUCACCAGCAGCGGGGCAGACGAUAUCCGUGAAAGCGUUGAACCGCAUGCGGUCCACUCGUUCCGUGGGGGCGCAUACACCACGAAGUCGGUCCCCGUUGUUUGAACGGGUAGAUCAAUCCGAAACUACCGAGAAUGCACCGCAUUUAUCUUCUUCGACAUCUUCAUCGACACCGACAUCAUCAACACCAGCAUCAGCAUCAACAAGCUCAAUAUCAAUACCAAUAACACAACGAGGGAUCUGUUUAAUAUCCGGGUCUCCUCUGGUUUCGGAUGGACGCUGA